CCAGCUCCUUCCAGCCAGGGAGAUUAAAACAGCUAGUUAAUUUCUUCUAUUCGCAGGAGUCAGAAACGCCUUUGGGAUCUCUGGGUUUUUAACCGUUUCUGACACAGGAGGUAGAUCACCAGCUGCCAAGAUGUCCAGCAAGAGAGCCAAGGCCAAAACCACCAAGAAGCGCCCCCAACGUGCCACUUCCAAUGUCUUUGCCAUGUUUGAUCAGUCACAAAUCCAGGAGUUCAAGGAGGCUUUCAACAUGAUUGACCAGAACCGUGAUGGCUUCAUUGACAAGGAGGAUCUGCAUGACAUGCUGGCGUCUCUAGGAAAGAACCCCACUGAUGAGUACCUGGAGGGCAUGAUGAGCGAGGCACCGGGUCCCAUCAACUUCACUAUGUUCCUCACCAUGUUCGGAGAGAAGCUGAACGGCACCGACCCAGAAGAUGUAAUCCGCAAUGCCUUUGCCUGCUUCGACGAGGACGCGACAGGUUUCAUUCAUGAAGACCAUUUGCGCGAGCUGCUCACCACCAUGGGGGACAGGUUCACGGACGAGGAGGUGGACGAGAUGUAUCGAGAGGCCCCCAUCGAUAAGAAAGGCAACUUCAACUAUGUGGAGUUUACCCGCAUUCUCAAGCAUGGAGCCAAAGACAAAGACGACUAGAGCCGAGAGGCACCCGUCCCACCUUCUGUACACCUUCCAUGCCCCUCCUCCCUGAGCACCCGUGCUGCCUCUGGCCCCGAGUCCCAGCAGGCCGACCCCAUGGAAAAUGCCUCAAAGCACAUGAGAUGAGGCCUUAAUCCUGUUCUGCAUUAGGGAUGAGCUGGCCCACACACAAAUGCCCCUCCCAGGAGAAGAUGAAUCGUCACGCUCCCGUCCCUCAGCCCUUCGAGCAUGUCAACCAUUCCUGGCCUCUGACAAUCUUGUUCGCUGCAGGUCAGUCCAGGUGGCUUCCGUUCCCACACAGAUCUGACUCCUGAAUUUGAGUGCUGUAUGGAGGAGGUGGCCAGAGGAAAGCGGGAUAGUUAUCAUGGGCUCAGCUCACCAGUGCUGUAGCAUCUGGCAAUGUGUAUAUUAUCUAUGGCCACCCAGAGUGUGAACCCCUGAGAGGGCCUGUUGAGGUUGCUGCUUAGCCCCUGGCCAUUGAAUCUCUUCCCGGCGACACCACUCCGACCCUCUCCCUGUAUUUCAGAGCAGGCUCAUACUGGAGCUAAAAGUUCUGUUCUUCUAACCCACUGGGAAUCCCUCCUUGCCCCCCGCCCCAUUCUGCACUCAUAAUAAUUUGCACUUAGAUAGCACCUUUCACCUGAGAAUAGCACAGCACAUGGACCCCUGUGUAUUUUCCCUGCCAUGCCCCAGCCUGUCCGGCACAGAUCCUUGCAGUGGGGUGAACCAGGAGGAGUAGGGGUGGUGAGGUGCUGCAUGGUAGAUGGAGUGUGCACACAAGGCAUUCCUGGGGGUGGCUUUGCCAUGCACAGAUCUUGCAAUCACACCAGGCAAGGGUGGUCAAACCAUUCUGCUGGGGACUAACAUUUGUGUGUCUAAUUAGCCCCUCUCAAUGAGGAACAAUAAAAUCCUGCUCUGCAUUUUACCUUGAUGACAAUGUUUACCCAUAAUCCCCAGCAGUGAGCCUUCCGUUUCAGGGCUGACUUUCCCCAGUGUCGCAGUCCAUAAGACAAGAGCCCUCCCUCACAUUAAGCCAGUCACAGCUCCUGUCACCAGUAUGGGUCUGUCACCCACUGGAAUAAAUGAAUGGCAGUUCCUGAUGUGCAUGCUACACUUAGACUCAAGAGACAGUGGAACAUGGGAUUUGCCAGAAUGGAUAUGAGCCUUGAUCCAUCCAAUCCCAGGUCCUGCCUCCCAUCUCAGCCAAUACCCAGAGCUUGAGAGACAGGUGGGACCUCUCCAGAACUCACCUCACCUAGGGAUGCCCAGAUGAUUCAUGGGCCCCUUCCAUUAAGAAAAGUUGCAAUACUAUAGAAUACUAUAUUCUCAUGGGGUCCCCUAGGGCCCUGGGGCAAAUUGCCCCACUUGCCCCCCCAGGCGGUCCUGACCUCACCAGCUGUGCCAUGCUGGGUACGUAGAGUAGAAAACCUCCUGCAUUCCACUAGACAUUCAUUUUCCACCUGACACACGUGAUUUGAUUACCCCCCCACUCCUUACACACAUACCCUCAGAUAUUAUCCAGCCUGAUUCCCAGGGUAUAUUACGUAAUAUGCAGGGGAUCAUAAACCCAUAUAAACCAUCUCCAUUCAUUUUCCAGCAGUUAUUAUCCAGUGCAAAUCCAGACCCUAAGAACAGUGACAAGAAAAGGAAUACACAACUGCCCCUCUCUUUCAAAAACAAUUGUUUUCUAUUUGAAUAAUUGUGUUUUUGUGGUUUUAGAAUCUGUGAUGUAAGGGGUUCAGAAAAUUGAAAUUACCUAUAAAAUAUAAAGGAUAUAAUACCAA